CUGGCUGGUAGAUAGGGUGCGAGUGCUCGUGCCAGAGGAGGGGGGCCGCAUUCUCAACGAACAUAAUGCGGAUGGUUUGAUGGCGGUUGCUGUGAAUGAGGUUGGCAUGUGGCUGAGGGGGGACGCACCCGUACCAAUCGACCGCUAUUUGGAUUUUUUUGAAGUGUUCUGCGGUGCUGGUGGCAUCACGAAGCAGAUGAUCGCCAAAGGCUACAAAGCACGGGGGUUCGACAGGCGAACCUCGCAUGAGACUGAAGACGUGUGCACGCUGCUUGGUCUCCUCACGUGCGCGCUGGGCGUCAUGCAGGUCAAGCCUGACGGCUCGGUAAUGUUUGAGCCUGAGUGUUCCACGUGGUUGAACACCACGGUGUACCACACCAAGCGGGACAGGCUCAACGGCAUCUAUGGCGACGAGGGCAG